AUGGCAACUACCCUGCGCGCAGAUCUGUACGUGGCGCCUCCCAUUCCCUGGGCGAAACCCAAUGGACAGCAGGGCGGAGUGUGGUCACCGAUAUCUUGUACGCUGAUCCAUGGAUCUGAAGAGGCCGUCUUGGUCGACACGCCGAUCACUACCAGCCAAACAGAGAGCUUGGUGGCCUGGAUCAAGGAACGAAUACCGACGAAGAAACUGGUCAAGAUCUAUAUCACGCACGGCCAUGGCGACCACUGGUUCGGUGAACCGACCCUCAUGAAGCACUUUCCGAAUGCAGUGCCUAUUGCGACACCAAAGGUCGUAGCAUAUAUCAAGGAACAUCUACGUAACCGGAUGGGGGUAAUGGGAAACGCAGUUCCCUGGUCAAAUCGACGAACAAAAGUUCCUCCCGCAACCGUCUAG